AGGACAUUUCGCUUUCACAGUUCGGCGACCCACCAGCCGUGGGCCAACCGAUGAUUUUUUUCAGUCUCCUCCCACUCUCUCCACGUGCUUUGCCGCAGCUUUAUCUUUGGCAACUGAAUUUGCAGGCUGAAGCCUGGAGAAAGGUUUGGAGUUGCCCACAAUAGUGCAAACUCGUCAGGACUUGUCACGCACGAAAAUUUGGAUCUUAACGUCUGCCUCGGCCUGAAGGUUCACUUUUGUGUCUGUCCUGCAAGGGACGCGAGUGAGAGAAGCCCCAGCCUCUUCAGUAAUAACCUGAUGGUUAUACCCUCUCAGUUGUUGACCUGCCAUAGAAGUUGAGAAAAACUGAACUCAGUAACCUGCUGCCUGUAAUGAUGUCAAGUGUGCGUAUACUGUGCAGUUGUGGAUCCCACAGACUAAGGCAAAUUCAGCAGCUUUUUUUGUGGAGCUCUCAAACAACCAUUCAGAGCUCCUCAGAAUCAUCAAACAGCUUGCUCAAAAGCAAAACAAGCUCCUAGACUUCCUCCUUGUUUAUCUUCACAUCCAUGUUAUGGUCCUAAACACAAAUCGUUACUACAGGAAUAUAUUGGACUUGGCGCAUAUUGUAAAUUGAAAAAUGAUGGACGAGCUGAAGAGAAACCCAUUUUGUUGGCUUAUUCUGUGUGUGGUCCUGCAAGGAAAGUCAGAGACAACAUCAGCAAAGACUCAAAUCUUAUCAGUGCAAUUUGAAGAAACCCUUGAUGGGGUUAUCAGCGAUGUGAGACAGAAUAACACCAAAGUGGAAGAAACUACCACAGAGAAACAACAGCCUUAUCCUAUAGAAGACUCCACUAGCUGGAACUAUGCUAUGUUGGUGCUUGCAUUCAUUGCACUGUUCCUGGGAUUUCUCAUCCUGGUCCUAUGCUCCAGGGCAAACAAGAAGAAAAAGAUGAAGCAAGUGAAUGAAUUAAAGAACAGGCAUGCAACAGAAAGCGAGCCAGUGCAAAAGACAGUAGCACAAUAUGCAGAUGAGAAUGACAACUCUACAGAGACUGACCAGAUGUUACACACCAAGCAAGCCUAUAUUUCCUUUGAGCAGACGUCACAGAAUUCAUCCCCAAAAAUCUCACCCAAACCAGGAGAGAUCAUGAUCGAGUGGAAGGAUGGAAACAUAAGUUCACUUUUCAUGGAUGCAAAAGAAGAUGAUGUAUAGAACCUCAAGUUAUAGGACUGAUCCUUCGAUAGAGAAUGUAUUUUUAAGAUUAAUUUUUGUAAAAUAUUUUUGGCAUAUAAAAAAUUCCAAUUGUAGAGGAAACCGGGCAUAAAAUUAGAAAACAAAUGAGUGAGAGGUCAAGGAUAGUGACUUAGACGUGUCAAAAGUGGGAACUGGUACUCCAGAAAGAACUUUGCUGGGACCACAAUGCUUCAAAUUUAUGUAAACAUUAUUGACUUGGUUUUCAGAAGUACAAUUUCAAAAUUUAUGACAACUACAAAUUAGGGGACACAGCUUAAUGUUUUAGGAGGACUGUGAUCAGCCACAAACGUAUAUAUAAUAUUAGCAAAUGAAUUUCAAUGUAUUUAAGUAUGAGGUAUUAAGAUUUGCUGGACAGAUAAAGAAGCCACUUACUGCUUGGUAAAGAAGAGGUUAAAUGAGACGGAGAGGUAAAGAAAAUUAGACAAACAGAUAUAUAAACCAUUAAAAGUCGUGAUGCAGAUUAAUAAGGUCUUAAAAUUUUGUAGUUCAGUUUUAGAAGUAUAGGACUAGUAAAGGUAGAAGUUAUGUUAAACUCAUACCUAACCUGAGGGUUUCACACUAAGAUUGUUAAAAGUUUUGAUUGGGUAGACAGAGAAAAUGCACCCACUCACUAGGAAGACCAGACCUGAGGCCACAAAUGUAAAGCGGUCUCUGAUAAAUCCAACAACGAAUUAGUGAAAACCUCCUCAUCCAAAGAGUGGUAACUAGGUGGAGUUCAGUACCAAAAGAAAUAGUUGAAUACACUUCUGGGAGCAGAUAGAUUAGCACAUUAGGAAGAACAGAAUACAUGGAUAUAACUGACAUGUUAGAUGAAGACAUUGCCAGUGUGAAACUAAAUGCCAGCAUACAAAUAGCCUAUAUCUGUGCUGUAACCACUAAUUAAUCUAGAUGUUUCCUACUGAGACAUUUAACCCAUGUCUGCUGCUGACUUGCUGCACGUAGUGAAGAGAGAUUAUCCCUUUUACCUUAAGAGGUUUAUUUUUAUAAUGUAUAAUUCAUCACCGACAUUAUAUCCAUUUAAACAGUUCAUAACAUUUAAAAAUCUGUUUCCUGAUUUAUAACUAGCCUGCCUCAAGAACAUUAUUCCAGUUUGGAUGAGUGAGACUGGGCAGAGGCUUCAAUUGUAACAGGCUCCAUUAACAGAUUCUUCCCAGAUGAUCUGUGUCUGGCCUGUAUCAGAGAGUAUGCUUACUCCAGGCAGCCUGUCUCCACUGACCUGUCUAACUCUGGGUGGCCGCAAUUUAAAGUAGACUGAAAUUUUAUGGAAAACAAUGCUUGUGCAAACAAAUGUGCAAAUCGACCAGCAAAUUCCAGGGAUUAAGAGAUACGCUGACAGUUGGGAAUCUCCAGGAUUGUGUUGGUUGAUUUACAUUACUUUGUUUCUGCUUUGCACACGGAUCAUCUGCCCCUUAACCUUCCAAUUGAUUUUAAGGAGCUGGCUGGAUUUUACUUCAAUUUCCCAUUCACUACACUCCAGCAGCCUAAUUCUGGUCUUGAGAUUAUGAAUACUUUUUAAAUAAUGUGAUAACUGUUAGUACAAUGUAAGUCUACUUUUUUUCUGGGAAACAGAAAUAGGAACAAAUGAAAAUUUGCAAUCUCAUUCCUGCAAUUCCCAUAAUAUGACGUCAACAUAGGUGGAGGGACGGAUAGUGUUGAGGAAGUGGGGGAGGCUGCAGAAGGACUCGAAUAGGCUAGGGGGGUGGUCAAAGAAGUGGCAGAUGGAAUAUGUGUGGGAAAAUGUGAGGUUAUGCACUUUGGUAGGAAGAAUAGAGGCACCGACUAUUUUCUAAAAGGGGUAAAGCCUCAGAAAGCUGAAGCGCAAAGGGACUGAGGAAUCCUGGUUCAGGAUUCUCUGAAAGCUAACAUACAGGCUCAGUUGGCACUUGGGACAGCAAAAUGCAAUGUUAGCAUUCAUUUCUAGAGGGCUAAAAUAAACAGCAGAGAUAUACUGCUGAGGCUGUAUAAUGCUCUGAUCAGAACACAUUUGGAAUAUUUUAAGCAGUUUUGAGCCCCAUACCUAAGGAACAGUAUAUUGAUCCUGGAGGAGGUCCAGAGGAGGUUCACAAGAAUGACAAAAACCGAAAGAACUGCGGAAUCGGUAAAUCAGGAACAAAAACAGAAGGGUCACUGGACCUGAAACGUUAACUCUGACUUUUUUCUUCACAGAUUCUGGCAGAUCUGCUGAGCUUUUCCAGCAACUUCUGUUUUUGUUCGCGAGAAUACUCGUGGGUGUGUAGGGCUUGUCAUAUGAGGAGGGGUUAAUGACUCUGGAUCUGCAUUUGAUGGCGUUUAGAAGGAUGAGGGGGGAUCUGUUUGAAACUUACAGAAUACUGAGAGGCCUGGAUAGAGUGGACAUGGAGAAGAUGUUUGCACUCAUAGGAAAGACUAGCAUCCGAGGGCAUAGCCUCAGAGUGAAGGCAUGACCCUUUAGUUCCACAGGAGGGUGUGGAGUCCAAGUCACUGAGUAUAUUUAAGACAGAGAUAGAUAGGAUCUUGCUUAGUAAGGGUAUCAAAGGUUACAGGCAGAACGCAAGAGAAUGGGAUUGAGAAUCAUCAGAAGUGAUCAAAUGGUGAAGCAGUUCUGAUGGGCCGAAUGGCCUAGUCCUGCUCCUAUAUCUGACGGACUUGAUUCGUAUAUGUUAGAGCUUUUAAAAUUUUCCAUAUUUAAUUCUCUUAUUUUCCUCCAUGUCCCUUUGCAACUGCUUAAUAUAACGCCUAUUUACUUCAAACUAUUGCUCAUUCUUUACCUGAAUUUACUUCAUGUUAAGAAGCCAGUAUGCUCAGUCAGCUAAACAGUUAAUGUGUGAUUGGGCUAAAUACUCCCAUUUCUGACUGAGGAAAACACAGGGCCUGCCUCCUGCCUUCCUAUGGUACAGUCACAGCACUUCGCCACAGUUAGAACAUCGUCAAUCACCUGCCUUUGGGCAGAGAAUCGAAGAAGAGAAAUGAUCUACAUUACUUUACUCUUUGUCAGUGCCUUUCCAAAUCUCAUUAAGGAGGCAAGUUUACUCUUCCCUGUAUAUGUCAAGGUUCCAUCAGCACCCCUUGACCUCUCCAUGCUGUUAUCAGCUCAGGCUUCCAGCAAGUUGUGGUGAAAAAAGUAUUUGAAUUGGAAAAAUAAUCCAUCAAAUGACCUAUCCAUUCCAGCAAAUUCUGACUUAUUGUAUCAUUCCAUGGCUACCUGAACUCUGGCUAGCAUAACAUAUAUAAAGAAAUGAUUUAUUAUGUGAAUGAAAGAACAUUAUCCAACAAUAUAAAUAAUUUUAGCUAAUGGAAAACAUUGAAAGGACAACUGCAAAGUGUUUCUCAUCUUGCUGGUUUAAAAGAUAUUAAAGAUGUGAGUUUUAUCUGUGCAGAAAAUUGAAGAAUUUAGUUUUUGUAAGUUUUUGUUAUUUUCCAAAAUGUUUCUGGAAACAGAAGAAAAUAUGUCUUUCCUAUAUGUGAAAGCUAAAUCAGCGUAGGCACAUAGUUUCCAUGCUGCAAACGUUCAGAUAAGAUUUACUAGCAUGUCGCCAGGAAAGCAAGCUAUGAGUUAUAAUAAGAGGCUGGAUAGGCUGGGAUUUUUCUCACUGGAGUGUAGGAGAUUGAGAGGUGACCUUAUAAAGGUUUAUAAAAUCAUGAGGCGUGACUGGCCAGGUGUCUGUUCCCUAAGGUGGAGAAUUUCAAGACUAGGGGGCAUAUGUUUCAGGUGAGAGGAGAGAGAGAGCUCUAAAAAAGACUCACUUUAUUUUCAGAGGGUGGUUCAUGUGUGGAAUGAACUUCCAGAGGAAGUGGUGGACGUGGGUACAAUUACAACGUUUAAAAGACAUAAAUACAUGACAAGAAAUAUUUGGUGGGAUAUGGGCUACACGCAGGCAGGUGGUACCAGUUUAGCUUGGGAUUAUGGUCAGUGUGGACUGAUUGGAUUAUAAGGCCUGUUCUGUGCUCUAUAACUCAAUAAAAUCUUGCUACUUUCAGCCUUUGUCAAUGAAGCAGCUUCUGAUUAUUGGGCAAAGAAACUCCAGUCUGUCCUGUGACACUUUAUACCACCUCACAUGCUGCUCUACAAGCAGCUGUGGCAGAUAUUUUAUUAUAAACUAGGUAAUGCCACAUAGUCAGUUUCUGCUAAUAGUUUCUAACUGAUCAGAAAUUGUAACAGAAUUCACAGAGUCUCAUUCUGAAAUGUACCUAAAAUAGCUGGCCCUUUAUAGGAGCAGAAAUAACUACCUGAACAGUAUUAUCAUCAGACAACUUUAAAAAGCAGGAAGUUCUAGAUAAACUCAGCAGAUCUGGCAGCAACUGUGGAAAGUUAACAGUUAACAUUUCAAGUCCAAUGUGACUCUUAUUGGAAUGUAUAGAACUCAAAGUGUUAAUGCUUUUUCGCUCUCAACAGAUACUGCAAGACCUGCUGAAUUUCUUCAAUAUUGUUUGCUGUUAUUUCAGGUCUUCAGCAUCUACGACAUUUUAUUUAAAAAAACAAGUAUGUUUACAUCUGCCACAUCAUUUUCUUCUUUACAUUUGCUAGUUACUUAGCAAACUUUCUGCAUAAUGUUCUGUUUACAAUAGAAAAAAAAGUACCAUUUUGAUUUAAAUAAACAUUUAUCAAAAAGUUUAAUUGUAUAAUACAACAAAGAGCUAGGUGCACUUCUGCUUGAGCUGUUCACCAGAUUCAGGAAAAGACUGUUUCAUUCCUAUAAUGGUGAUGGGUUAAUGGUAUUAUUACACGACAAAUAAUCCGGAGACCCAUCUUAAUGUUCUAGGGAAUAAACAGAACAUUCCACAGAAACUAAGCAUGGCUGGCAACAUUUGUAGAGAGAGAUUGAGUUAUAUUUCAAGUCUGAAUACUCUUUGGAACCCUGGGUGUCAAUAUUCUGGGGACGUGGGAUUGAAUCCUACUGUGUUAGAUGGUGGAAUUUGAAGUCAAUAAAAUCUGGAAUUAAUGACCAUGUAACCCUUAUUGUAAAAUCCAAAUCGCUCAUUAAGAUUCUUUUUGAGAAGGAAAUGUGACAUCUUUACAAAUGAUUCCAGCCCCAUAGCAAUGUGGUUGACUCUUAACUGUCUUCUGAAAUGGGCUAAAGAGCCAUUUAACAUUAGUUGAGGGGGAAUUGGGGAUGGGAAGCAAAUGCUGGCUUUGCCUGUGGCACCUACGUACCAUACAAGAAUAAAGGAAAAAUGAUUGCUUUGAUUGGAUUUUUAAAAUUCAUUGAGGGGGUGUGGGAUUUGCUGGCUCAUUCAGUAUUUAUUGUCCAUCCCUAGUUGUUACAUUUCAAAAUCUAACCAUUCCAAAUCUCAGGAUUGCAUCCAUUUAGAUAAAGCAGAGCAUUUGUUUAUGUGAGGUUAAUUCAGAGGGUCUCUUAUCAGGUCACUCAUUGAUAUUAAUGUAAUGCAUGGGCAGCACCGUGGCACAGUGGUUAGCACUAUUGCCUCAUAGCACAGGGGACCCGAGUUUGAUUCUGGCCUCGGGUGACUGUCUGUCUGAAAGUUGCAUGUUCUCCCUGUUUCUGCACUGGUUUCCUCUGGGUUUUUCAGUUUCCUCCCACGGUCCAAAGAUGUACAGGUUAGGUGAACUGGCUGUGCUAAAUUGCCUGUAGUGUUCAGGGAUGUGGAGGCUCACAGGCGUGUGGGCCUGGGAGGGAUAUCCCUCCACAGACCUGACAGGCUGAAUGGCUUCUUUUUACACUGCACAGAUCCCUGUGGGAGCAAUUUCUUAAUACUUUAAAGUGAUUGACUCCAAGAUAACCUUUUUUUCCAAGAAUCUGCUAAUGCCUUUACAAAGGCUUCAGCAGCACCUCAGAUUAGUUUUCAAUGAUUGAAAAUUUGUAGCUAAUUUGUAAGGAGGUGAAGGUAGAAUUUGAGGUGUGUUCUGGAGCAGUGUACCUAACAAAUGCAGGCAUGUCUUCUUCUCCCACUAGAAUUUGAGGGGGAUUCUAGCUGAAUUCCAACCCAAAUUUACACAGCUGUUCUCCUUUCCCACCCUUCCCUGAUUCAGGAAUUUUGAUGCCUUAAGUUUAGCCAAUAGGAGAUAGAGUACUAUUUAAUCAUGUAUCCAUUACAUGCAAGGAGCUCACGCCUGUGUGAUAUGAAUGGUCUACUGGCUAUUUGGAACCAAUGUUGCAAAUCUUACAAUGUUGCAAUCAAUGUGGUGAGAAUGCAGCAUCAGUAUUCUUCAUAGUGGAAUAGGCUGCCACCUAGUGAGCUACAGCAGACUCCUAGCAUUUGUUGAACGAGAACAUUUGCUCUUUGGGAAUGUUCCAUGGUAAUGGUGCUAACCAUCAUAAAAAUCAAUAACGUCACUUUUACUGAAAACACUGAGAGAUUUCCCCACACUUACUUUUAUCUUCCAAAACCUCUUCGUCCAACAUUGACAUAUUUACAGUAGGGGGUGACAGGCUGGGCAAUCAUGUGUAAGAACUCAAGUUCCCCUCAUCCUCUCCACCAACUUCCUUCACGCAUGACACUGAAGCUAGCACUAGUUUUCCCAUUACUGCCUGGGCUGAGCCCUCUUGAGACUAUGUGUCAGCAGUGAUUCAGUUGGCAGUACUCUUGCCUUCCAGUCAGAAGGUUCUGGGUUUGAGGCCCUCCACCAGGAAUCGAGCACAAAACCAUCAACACACUUCCAAGCAGGAUUGAGAUUGGGGACAGAGGAGUUUGGUCCCUGGUCAAGUUCUUUGUGACUGGGCAUCCCAGUUCCCUGACACCAGCCAUUUCUGCUGUGGUGGCUCAGGUUCUACAGUAGGCACUACCUACACCUGAAGAGGCAGGCAGCCAAUUAGUCUCAGUAAGAGCCUUGGUAAAGUCAACUGGAGUGCAGCAGUUGAUGUCCAGUUUCAGGGGGUUGGGUGCUACUUUAAUUGUGUGGAGGUGGGCACCCAGUGACAGGCCAGGUGUUGGGCUCUCCAGGCCGGCCCAGAAGUCAUCCUUGUCUAAAUCCUUAUUUUUGUCAAUGGUGGCUCAGUGGUUAGAGGUGCUGCCUUACAGUGCGAGGGUCCUAGGUACGAUUCCAGCCUUGGGUGACUAUCUCUGUGGCAUUUGCAUGUUCUCCUCAUGUCUGUGUGGUUAUUGCUGGGUACUUUGGCUUCUUCCCACAGUCCAAAGAUGUGCGGGUUAAGUGGAUUGGCUAUGGGAAAUUUCUCUGUAGUGUGCAGGCUAGUUGGAUUAGCCGUGGGAAAGGCAGGGCUACAGGGUGGAGCGGAGGCUGGGUCAGAGCGGGAUACUGUCCGGAGGGUCAGUGCAGACUUGAUGGACUGAAUGGCUUCCAUUCCAAACGGUUGCAGAUAUAGCAACAGGCUGCCUUGCGAAGAAGCUCUCUCCCUAUUCCCCCGCCUGCCAUGCUUGAUUAGACAGUAAAGCAGUCUCCAUGGCAAUGGGGAGGUGAUGAUCUAAUCAGUAGACUAUUAAUCCAGGCAAUGUUCUGGGGACCUGGGUUCAAAUCCUGCUAAAAGUCUGGAAUUAAGAGUCCACUGAUGACCAUGAAACCAUGGAGGAAAUUAACCCCAUCUAGUUCACUAAUAUCCUUUAGGGAUGGAAUCUGCCAUCCUUACCUGGUCUGGCCUACAUGUGACUCCAGGCCCACUGCAAUGUGGUGGGUGAUUAGAGAUAUAAUAAAUGCUGGCCUACCCAGUGACACCCACACCCAGUGACUGAUUUUUUAAAAUAAUUAUGAGCCAUUCUAGACAAAUCUAAGAAUCUGACUCUUUCUACUCUCAGGAAAUCCAAUUCAUACUCCCGUUUCAUGCCGUAUAGAGAAAAUUCAUCUUAAAGAGCAUGUAGUGACAGAAGGACCUGGAAAUUCAUGUGCCUGGAUCCUUUCAGGUGGAUCACACCAUUGAGAGAAUUGUAAGUGACACAUCCAGAACUUUGUAACUAAAGUUUGUGAUUGCCCAGAUUCAGUUCGAUGGGAAUAUGCAAUUGGAGGUACUCAGUACAGUCAUAGAGUUGUUCAGAACAGAAACAGACCCUUCGGUCCAACCUGGCCAUGCCGAAAAGAUAUCCCAAAUUAUUAGAGUCCCAUUUGCCAGCAGUUAGCCCAGAGAAGCUUUGGUUAGGCUAGAUUAUUAGCUAGAUUGUUGCAUUCAGUCUUAGUCAUCACACUUUUGGAAGGACGCAAAGGUCUUUUCAAGGAUGUGGAGAAGAUUUUCCAAAAUGGUUUCAGGAUUGAUAGAUUUUAGCUGGGUUGGAGAACUUGGGAAGAGCUAGUGAAUACAGAUUCACAAUAGAUUUAGGUAAGGUAGACAAAGAAAAGGGCUCACCCUUGGCUGACCAUACAAGAACUAGGGAACACAAAUUUAACAUUUCAGAAAGGAAAAGGGAGGGGAAAGGUUUUGUGAGAAUAACAUUUUUUUUGUGAUAGGGUUAAUGAGAAGCAAUGGCCUGGACCUCUCCACUUACAAGGUUGGUAGAAACAAAGAAUGAUGAAUGAUUUGAAAAUAAAAAAAUGGAUUGUCACUUGAGGGAAAUAACCCUUCUGUGCUAGAGGGAUAGAAUGGAAAAACAGGAUUGACUGGAUGGACUGAAGAGCCUCCUUCUAUGCUGACAUGACUUUGACCGUUUUAACCAUUAAACACAGGCUAUUGGCAAUUCCUGACAUGAGCUGCUAGAUUGGCUGAGGAAGUGUCCACAGUUCAGGGGGUAUUUACAAGACAGAGUGAUAAAUGCAUGUGGAAAAAAGCAAACAAAAGAGAUACUACUGCUUUGGAUAUUUAUUAACUGGACAUUAUCAACAAAUCAAAAUGCUUUGGAAUCUUAUAAUCCAAUGAAUGUUUUCUCCUGCAAAUAGGUAGUAAAUAUACUGUAUUCAAAUAUGAAGAAAUUAUGAUGCAUUUUCACUGAUGAGACACGGAUAAAAUAUAUCUGGGGUUAUGCAGAAAGUUGUACAACCAUAGCACAAACUGGCCAAUGGUGUUUGGAUUCUAAUGUACACUGAUUGGUUAAUUUUCUGAAGUUGUCUGGUCAUGAAUAUUAGGACAGCUUUCCUUUUUUUAAAAUCCUCACAGUUAGCAACAACAGUCGAAGGAGAGCAUGGUCAGAUUCUAAGUAAAGUCAUCUAACUCCAAACUCAGUACAUUCCACGCAUCACUCCGAAUGUUUCUGUUUUUACACACUGGCCAACCUUGUGAUGGUUAACUUUGUCACAAAGUAAUGCAGUCCAUAGUUAGAAAUCAGUUUACAAAUACAUGCCCAGCGGAAGUUUUGUGAUUGCCUAGAUUCAGUUUGCUUGGCAACAAGGUAUGGGUGGUAGCAAGGCUCAAAAGAAGGAAAUGGAGUUGAACUGGAUCUUGAACAUGGUAUGCCACCAUUUAACUGCACAAACCCCUUUCUUAAAUGCUGCAUUUUAUCAUCUGAAACAAGCAUCAUAUACUCAGACAGAUAAAAGAUUACAGAAAGCAUUACAUGUGUACAUUUGAGUCUCUGUGCAUUCCUCUUCAUUAUCAAAUAUAUAAAAUCUAGUGAACACUUUUAAAAUGAAACAACUGAAGCACAAACAGCAUUUUAAAUGAAAAUUCUUCUUCUUUAGCUCCUGAAACACUUGUUUUACAUUAUUUUUAAACUGAGAAAUGAGCUGUAAAAGAAUGUUUAAUUGUCAUCUUCGAUGUAAUGGGGGUGAUAUUAUCAUAUGGUGAUAGUUCAGGUUACUGAGCAGAUACUUUUAUUUUCUCCCUUCCUUGGCUAUGAACACUGCAACAAGUAGAUUUCCACCUGUCAUUUAAUCCCCAAAAGAAGAGGUUACAGUUGACAGUCGACAUUGGUAGAUAGACAUUGGUUGUCAUCUGCAACAGCUGAUGGUCUAUGUACUUGGUCUUAUAUCCACAUAGGAUUAGCAAAGGUCACACUGAUCACAGAUGAGGUCCUCAGUGUUCAGUUGGUUUGAGUUAUAAUCGUUUUGUUACAGUUUUAAAUUCCACAGUCACUAACCAGAGAAAUUAAUUGUGGAUCUAACUAAAUUAAAGAGAUACAUUGAACUUUGGUAUUCAGAGUGGAGAGUAGUGCACUAAAAUAUUUUAAAUCCUUUAAGUAAGGUCAGCGUGGGAGUUCUUCGCUUGCUUUGUGCCCUUGCUGACUUUACAGUGACCAGCUUAGCUGAAGUGAUGGUGGGAAUUUCCUUAUAGGUGGCAGUGGACAGACGCUGUGUUCCAAAUAUAGGUGCGUGGUGCUUAACAGCAUGGGCAAAGGCAGGUGGGUGGGCUGUACCCAACACGGGCUUUUCCUCGGAAAUAAAGAGAGGUCUGACCGGAAGGUGACGCUCAGUCUCUCGCCUCACUUCACGAAUCAAUUCGUGGAACACGUGCUGCACUGACUCAAAGUCCAAACAGGCAGAUACUUCAUAAAAUAAACAGUUAUAUUUGGAUGCCAGUGACAGUCCAUCAGACUUGCUUACCUGCCUUAAAACAGAAAAUAGAUUUUUGUUUCAAAUUAUGCUAAUACUCACGGUUAAUAUAUGGCAAAUACCUGAAAUAUUUUGAGUUGUUAACAUUGCCUGAAUUAUGGAUCUUGGAACAUAGAUGACUUGAAAUAAAUUUAUACUGUGUUUUACUUUCAAGAA